CCGCCCCUCCGUGCCCACGUCACCGCAGCAGUGUCUGUGGCGCCGCAGCGCUGAAAGAGAGAGCCGCACUGCACGCUGACAAGCCUUGGACUGGGCGAGGCGGCGGAUCCCAGUGUGUGGCCCUCAUCUAUCAUCGCUAUGGGAAUUACCACAGCGUUCUUCCUGAACCAAGCUCUGAUCCCCUACUAUCUGAAACCGGUCCACCUGGAGACACGGACUAUAAAACACUGCAGUUGAGGCUAUCGCUGCACCAGAGCCCGGCACAGUUUCAUCUCCUCCAGUAAACUGAGGAGGAUGACGACGAUGAUGAUGAUGAUGAGAGACGUCUAGAGAUGCGAAGUGGUUCUCCGGCAGACAACUUGGACAAGGACGCUUGCUCGACCCUCAUCCGUAUUUUGAAAACCAGGACGAUGUAUGCUACGUGUGUGUCCGCAGUGUUCUUAUGUAUAGUGGUGAUUGACAUCUCAACUCGGGUUUUGACUACAACCAGCCCAGCUGAUCCAUCCGUCCUCUCUCCCCGCCAAUAUCAGCACACCGACCCAGACUCAGGCACCCAGCUGGUCUGUGACAAGUGCCCGGCAGGCACCCACGUGUCUGUCCACUGCUCCCCAACAGCCGUGAGGGAAUGCAGCCACUGCCCUGAAGGCACAUUCACACGGGGCGAGAAUGGGGUCCAGAAAUGCCAUCCCUGUCGGGCUCCGUGUCCCGCAGGCUUCAUUGAGAAAGCGACCUGCACGCCCAUCCAGGACAGAGUCUGCACAUGUCCCCCCAACAGCUUUUUGUUUGGGGAUGGUGGCACAGAGUGUAGGCCCCACUCGUUGUGCCCACCAGGGACCAGGGUGAAAAGGCGGGGCAGUGAAACAGAGGAUGUGCUCUGUAGGCCGUGCACCAAGGGGACUUUCUCCGCUGUGGAGUCGAGUGUGGUGAAGUGCCGAACCCACACGGACUGCCAAGCUCAGGGGCUGGUGCUGCUUACACCAGGGACUAAAGAGACCGAUAAUGUCUGUGGACCCCCUUCUUCAGCCCCCAUUUCCUUUUCAUCUUCACCUGUCUCCACACCCAUCCUACUGGGUCCUGAACUGGCUGUGCUUGUACAGGAACCCAUGAUUUCUUCAUCCACUCCAUCAUCAUCAUCACUGACUGGACCUGGACUUAAAGGCACCUACAGCCACUCAGCAGCCAUUCAACUGAGGGGGAACCCAGGUGGGGAAGACCACCGUGCAGAGGGGCUAUUCCUUAGCCGGUCUGGCACUCCCACCCAACAAAAUCGUGAUCCCCCACAGACUCCACCGCUCCCAGCUGACAAGCAGCUCAUGGACCUCGAGCACCGGCAGGGGCAACCCAAUUCUGACCCUGUGCCAGGCCCCAACAAGAGGACGAUGGAGGGUCUGGAGGGUGCAGAGGUAGUCAGGGUUGGGACGGGUAUCAGCAAGGUAGCUGGGCAGGGGAGCGGAGGAGGUGGAAGUGGGGUCUCCAGCUACUACAGGCCCACUCGUAGGGGGUCCCCAAGGCCGAGCACCCACGAUCACUUUGACAUCAACGAGCACCUCCCCUGGAUGAUAGUGCUGCUGCUCCUGCUGGUCCUGGUGGUGAUCGUCAUCUGCAGCGUGAAGCGGAGUUCUCGCGUGCUGAAGAAGGGUCCCAUGGACCCUAGCAGCAUCAUGGAGAAGGCAAUUCAGAAGAAACCAUCCGUGCCUCCAAUGCAGGUCAAAGAGAAGUGGAUCUACUACUCCAACGGACAGGGAGUGGAUAUCCUGAAGCUGGUGGCGGCCCAUGUGGGCACCCAGUGGAUAGACAUCUAUCAGUCGCUGGCCAACGCCACGGAGAGGGAGGUGGCUGCCUUCUCUAAUGGCUACUCGUCAGAACACGAGCGAGCAUACGCCGCGCUGCAGCACUGGACCAUCCGGGACAGCGACGCCAACCUGGCCAAGUUGAUCAACGCCCUGCACCGACAGCGCCGCAUCGACGUGGUGGAGAAGAUCCGCCGUGUCAUGGAGGACAACCCACAGUUUGACAUCAACCAGCUGAUGACCUCAGUGAAUGUAAGCCAAAGCCUCAGCCCCGUCCACAAGCCGCUAGAGUCUCCGAGCAGCAUCGGCAGCAAUAGCGGUGGUAGCGUGGGCGGUGGUAGCAUGGGCGGGGCUAGCGGCAUGGCCGUGGAGCAGUCGCCGGUGGACCGUAGCAAAGGCUUCUUCCCCGACGAAUCGGAGCCCCUGCUUCGCUGUGACUCCACCUCCAGCAAAGACUCUGCCCUCAGCAGGAACGGCUCCUUCAUUACCAAAGAGAAGAAAGACACAGUUCUCCGGCAGGUGCGUCUGGACCCGUGCGACCUGCAGCCCAUCUUCGACGACAUGCUGCACAUCCUGAACCCAGAGGAGCUGCACGUCAUCGAGGAGAUCCCGGCCGCCGAGGACAAGCUGGACCAGCUGUUUGAGAUCGCGGGGAUCAAGAGUCAGGAGGCCAGCCAGACGCUGCUGGACUCGGUGUACAGCCACCUCCCGGACCUGUUAUAGUGGAGGAAGGAAGCAAGGAAGCAAGGAAGAAAACCACACACGGAUAAGAAUUGGCACAGAAAAAGAAAGGAAUGCCUUAGUGGGAAGGAUGACACAGAUCUGAUGUUGUUCAGAAUAAGCUUGGCUUGAUAUUUGAUCUGCUAAGUGUCGGACUCGUCAUGUCACAUCGUCACAGGAUUUGAGCUAGGUGUCGUAGAUCAGGUGGCUAUCUGCUCCCUCUCUCUUUCAAAUCUUUACUGGUACUUUACUCCUCCUGACCCUCCAAUCUUCUUCAAUUGUCUCGUGCGUGUACUCCUUCCACCCUCUACCAUGAUACAGGGUCAAUGCUCAUUGUAAUUAAAACAUUCUAAGUGUCACACCAAGGAGUACUUUGUAGGGCUGUGCUCGAUUAAAGAAAUUCUUAGUCGACUAACAAUCAUUCAGUUGUAUCGACUAAUCGAUUAGUUGAUUUAAUCGACAGAUGUGUAAAUCUGAUAUUCUCCGCAAAGAGUCAUGCAAAAGCACCACUUUAAUUAUUGUGUUUACCAGAGAUGUGCUCGUAUGUUUCUUGGAAAUAAGUCAUUCAGCAUGAAAAAAGCAUAAAACAUGACUAAUCGACUAAAGAAAUCUAAGUUGACUAAGACCAAAACAACCGGUUAGUCGACUAAUCGACUAACAGGGAGCAGCCCUAGUACUUUGGUUAAGGUGGUAUUAUGAUAGCAUCAUGACCCUAACAAAAAAGCCUCCAAAUUUAGAAAAAGCUGAUUUGAAGAGAAGCUGACUAAAUGGAAAAAACAAAAACGCACUUUCUUUAUCUUAACUGGCCAAUGCCUUCACUUUUAAAGGGUCAUUCCAGCUUUUUUUUUCGUGGGUUGCGCCAGUCAUGCUGGCUUCCCUUGCCUUUAACAAUUCAGUGUUUAAAAAAAAAAAAUCUAAUUUAACAUGGUGGUUAUUGCUAAAUGAUUGCAAGAAAGGAAACUACACACAGAAAAUAGUAAAUAAGCUAUCGCUCUAAAUAACACUGAUAUUAUUCGUAGGGGUUUAAGAUUCUUGUAGACCACAUUCACAGAUAUUUUGCCGAGGUAUGACUUGACGCUUAAGUCAUGUGCCUGAGCUGGUCCCUUUUCUCAGCCCCUAAUUUUUUCUUUCCACCCCCUCCAGUUGCCUGUGCUUGGAGCAGAUCGUCCAUGGGUCUCUUUGUAAGCACUCUGCAAGACCAGCAGGGGGCAGUGUUAGAUUAGAAGGCUGACCUGCUGCUCUGGAACGAAAGCCAUAUAUCAAAAAAAAUACUGGAUAAUCAAAAUAAUCCAAUAUUACAAUAGUGGACUCAAAUUUACCUAAUCUAUUAUUAUGAUAUAUGGCUUUGUCUUUGAACUGUUUGCUUUUGGACAAAGGCUCCAAAAUGAACAAUGAACUGUACAGGAAGAGUGCAGUGUUUACCGCCCCUGCCUGCUUCUCUGAAACCAAAGCCAUAUAUCUAAAACUGUUUAGAUACGUCGCUUUGGAAGCUCUGUCACUGUUGGACUCAUGGACAGUAUAUAGAAUAAAUAAUUCUACCAGUACGCACAUUCAUAUCUCUGCUAGCUAGCCCUGUUUGCCUCAACAAAUGUAGCUUUGAUGAAGUGUUCUUGAUACAUUUUGGAGCUUCAUGUUUGGGUGUUUCAGUGCUAUAGUUAGACUAAUAGAAUACAAGUGAUUUUUGUCAUGCAGUGGUAUGUUGCUACAUGCUCUAUGUAGUUGGUAUUGAAAUGUAAUAAUGAUGCACUAAUUCUAUUUUCUGUUGGAGAGGCAGACAUGUAUUUUCUGGGUCCUUUUAUUUUCUUUUAUUCUGAAAUGCUGUUAACUAACAAUUGGUUUUGUUGUAAUGUUUUCUACAUUUAGUUUGAUUUAUUGUGUUCUUGUAGCAUCUCUUUGUUAUCCUUUUUUUUUUUUUUUUUUUUUUUUGGACUUCUUUGUAUCUGAUGCUUUCAUGGGCAUUCAGGUGUAUUUCCCCACGCUUGGCGUGACAAGAUGACCUGGCUGGGAUGUAAGAUGCAUACUCCAUACUCUACUUGAAGUCUGUCUACUUGUGUUACUUGAUUUAAAUGAGGAAGAAAUAAUGUACUCCUUAAGUUCCUUCCAAGUUCCACGUUCCUAAAAUAAUAAUAAAACUUAAAAAGCACCACCAAAAACUCAUCAACAUUUGGAGACGAUUUUGCGGGCGCCAUGAGAGCAGCAAAUGAUGGACUCUGUUUUCACCAAGCCAGUUACUAUCAAAGCUCCUGUGGUGCUAGAUUUGAACUCUCACCGGUUGGCCUGACACAGGGGGUCUUUACCCCGGACUAAUAACUUUAUUUUAUUUUUAUUUUUUCAAGUAUUCCAGACUGAGUGAAGAAGAUUGAAGGUUGUGCUGCUGUGGAAAUUCGGGAUGUUGACAAUGAUGCAUUUGAGAAUGUGUGAGCUUGCUCUCCACAAUGCUGUGGAGGCUCAAAACUGUAGGGUGUGUGCUUUAUUUUCUAAGGAAGUCUGACAGGGUGAAGGUGAGAUGUGAAACGCACAUGUGGCUCGAGUGGAUGAUUUCAUCAAACUUCAAUUGUGUAACCAGUAUGUUUACUACUAUGUAACCUCUUAAAAUCAACCAAUUAAAGCUCAAAGCAUUUGUCAUAAC